AUGGGUACAGUGCAGGCAGUGGCGCCCCCUAUAGACUGCCUGGAGGCGGAGCAGGCGUGCGUGGUGGACGCGGGCUGCGUGGAGGUGUACCGCGUGCUGGAGUACUGCUCGGCCGAGGAGGCGGUGGCCCCCCUGGGGCCCGAGGCCCGCCGGGAGUGCCUGGAGGCCCAGAGCACCCUGCAGUACUAUCGCCCCCUGCAGGAGUGCAAGUGCCACCGCGGCUCGCGGCGCGAGGAGCUCUGCCUGCGCGUCUACUGGACCGUGCGCUUCGCCGCGUAUGAUGAGUACGACGUGUCUCCGUAUGCUGAUCUGGAGUUGGCGGUGGUCAGGAACAUUGAGCUGUCACGCAUGGCCUCCAUGAUGGCAGUCUCCUCCCUCCCUCUGGACGGCCAGAACCAGUGUCUGAAGGCGGCCCAGGACUGCGGCCUGUACGAGAAGUGCGGCUCGCUGCGCUCGGAGUACGUGGUGGCGUGCACCAAGGCGUCGCCGGGCUCCAACGGCUACUGCAACCGGCAGAAGUGCCACCGGGCGCUGCGGCGCUUCCUGGAGCGCGUGCCCGAGGAGUACGUCUUCUCGCUGCUCUUCUGCUCCUGCACCGACGAGCUGUGCGCCGAGCGCCGCCGCAAGACCAUCGUGCCGUCCUGCUCCUACGAGGAACGCGACGGCAAGCCCAACUGCCUCAGCCUGCAGGGCUACUGCAUGAGGGACGAGCUGUGCAGAUCCAGGUUGGCAGAUUUUCAGCACAACUGUCAGUCGUCGGCACACUCCCCGACGGGCUGCAUGAGAGAGACUGGCACCGUGUGCCUGAAGGCCUACGCCGGACUCAUAGGCACCAUUAUGACCCCUAACUACCUCAGUAACAGCAGUAAGGAGGUGGCCCUGUGGUGUAGCUGUGAGGGAAGUGGCAACCAUUGGAGCGACUGUCAGAGAGUCCUCAACAUGUUCACUAGCAACAGCUGCCUCAAGAAUGCCAUCUCCUCACUGGGCAGCAUCCCAGCCCCCACGCCCGAAACCACACCCGCUCCCACCUUCCAUCCAUCGCCACGCAUGCAACAGGACCACGGCAACGGCGUCACCACUAGCAACGGCCUCACCAACGUCAAGGUCAUCGCCCAUGGAAACGGCCACCUGAACCACAGCGCCAACAGUUUGCCAGGCUUGAGAAGAGCUGAGGAGGAUGAUGAAGACGAGGAUGAGGAGUUUAACGUGAUCCCCCCCUACUCUAAGAAGGAGUCCAGCACAGGCGCGGAGGCCUGGGGGGUCCACCGGGGCAGUGCCCCCCCCUCCCCACGCCUCCAGUCCACUGCCCUGCUACUGCUGCUGGUCAGCAGCACCCUGGGCCUGGGCUAUAUGGCCCCCAAGACGGUGGUCCAACACCUGGCCUGA